CCUCUUAAUGGUUAACAAACAAAAACAACCUUCGCUCAGCUGCUUCAGUUUUGGACUUCAGACACAGAGGAUCGACCAGCAUUCAUUUCUCAGAAGUAGGGAAAGAUGCUGCCUUUCGUUUUGCUCCUCGUUUGUUUCGGUGUGACAGAUUCCACUGAGCGCACCUAUGUGGCCGCUGUGUACGAGCACAGAAUCAUCCUGAACCCGGAGCCUCGGGUCCCGGUGUCGCGCGCCGAGGCGCUGAUCCACAUGCAGAAGAACCUGGACAUCUAUGAGAAGCAGGCUGCCAAAGCUGCACAGCAGGGUGUCCAGAUACUCGUGUUUCCAGAAGAUGGUAUUCAUGGAUUUAACUUCACCCGUUCAUCCAUUUUUGGAUACUUGGAAACCAUUCCUGACCCUCAGCAGGAGAGCUGGAACCCCUGCACUGAGCCUGGCAGAUACAACAACACGGAGGUUCUUCAGCGACUGAGCUGCAUGGCCCGUCGUUACAACCUUUACCUGGUGGCCAACAUGCCCGACCUGCAACCCUGCCCCCUUGGAACAGCCCCGUCCUCAUGUCCCCCUGAUGGACGCUGGCAGUUUAACACCAAUGUGGCUUUCAGUUCUGAUGGGCAGCUGGUGGCUCGCUACCAUAAACAGAACCUCUACUUUGAGGAGUCCUUUGAUACUCCUCCAAAGCUUGAAGUCAUAACAUUUGAUACACCUUUUGCUGGGAAGUUUGGGCUCAUUAUCUGUUUCGACAUCCUGUUCCACGAUCCUGCAGUAACCCUCGUUAAAAUGGGAGUUCGCCAGUUAAUUUUUCCCACAGCUUGGAUGAACGAGCUCCCCCUGCUGGAUUCAAUCCAGUUUCACCGAGCCUUCAGUCUGGGGGCCAAUGUUACAGUUCUCUCUGCCAACCUUCGUAAUGAUCAUCUUAUCAUGACAGGAAGUGGCAUCUUCACCCCCUUUUCUGCUACCUCCCACCACGCUGUAAAUGAAGACCUAGAGGAGGGGCGGCUGCUUGUGGCCGAAAUUCCAGUCUUAGACCCACUGGAGGUGAAGGAAGCGGUUGAAUCCACAUCAACUCUGCCUACAGAGUCUGCUUACUGCACCCAGGAGAGCUGUGCUGAUUCUCCUUCGCCUGCUUCUGUUUACCCCACCUUUACUGCAUCCAUGAUGCACGACCCAUUUAAAUUCGUCCUCAUAAACGAGGCGGAAGGUGAUCUCAAAGUGUGCGAUGGUGCGUUCUGCUGCCACCUUCAGUAUAAAUGGACAGCACAUGACCAACAGAAGGAGCUUUAUGCAUUGGGAGCAUUUGCUGGGACGCAUACAGUAAAUGGCCGUUAUGCUCUGCAGGUGUGUGCAGUAGUCCGCUGCGCAGGGCUGGAGGCCAGCUCCUGUGGACAGCAAGUGAAGGAGGCGGAGUCUAAGAUGGACUUCCUAUUGGAGGCGACCUUUCAGACUGAUUACGUGUACCCUUCGGUUUUGGUGAACCGUAUGUUGGUGGAGCAGCCGGAGAAGCUGGAGAAAGCUGCAGGAGGGAAAGUGGCUAUGAAGCAUUCAAACCUGAGCGGAGGUCUGAUCACUGCCUGCCUGUACGGACGAAUGUACCACCUGGAUAAUGGAAUGUCCCACUUGGAUAAUGGAAUAAUAAUAACUUGCUGUGGAAUAAUUUUCAUCUUAAAGCUAAUUUCCGAAUGAUUUUAAUGGAUGACUUUCUAAACUCAAAGUCACG